ACGAUUGUGACGUCAAAUACCAGAGCCCUCUCGCGCCUGUAAAAUGAAGUGACCUUUCUUUUUCGUCCUGAUACAGAAUCGGUUCGCCGACCGGCACGAACAGAGUCACGCAUCCCGCAAGAUUACGAGCUUUCUCAAACAGCCUGAAAGGUAAAUAUGGGUGACGUUGAAAAGGGAAAGAAGAUUUUCGUCCAGAAGUGCGCCCAGUGCCACACAGUUGAAAACGGAGGCAAGCACAAAGUGGGGCCAAAUCUUUGGGGUCUUUUUGGACGCAAGACUGGCCAGGCAGAGGGAUUUUCCUACACAGAUGCCAAUAAGAGCAAAGGCAUUGUCUGGGGUGAGGACACCUUGAUGGAAUAUUUGGAGAAUCCCAAGAAAUACAUUCCAGGCACAAAGAUGAUCUUUGCUGGGAUCAAGAAGAAGGGCGAGAGGACAGACCUUAUUGCAUACUUAAAGGCAUCCACAUCCUAAUACAGUUGGAGAGCGAGGAGACUGCAAUAUUUAAAUUAAUUGUUGGUAGUUUGGCUUUGAAUGUCUUUAACGAUAUAUAUAUAUAUUCGAACGGUGUGACAGAUCAAGUGGCCAGGGUUAGGCUAUUCAUUAUAACAUGUGGCAUG